AUGUCCCUCUCCGACUUCUACGCCCGCUUCCUGGCCCCCGGUGACGUCCGCGCUCGCUCCUCCGUCCUCGAACAGGAACAACGCGAUGAAGCAGCGGCGUUAGAGAAAAAGCGUCUAGCAGCCGCGUCCGCGAAGCCUCCAAGGAUAGACGCGGCGCAUAGGGUUAGGAGGCAGAAUGCUAUGCUUUACGGGGGAUUGGUGUUUACGGGAUUGAGUGCGGUGGUGACGAGGAGGAGUUUGAGGGGGAAGAAGGUGCAGGUGCAGGGGUUGCCUGCUGCUGCUCCUGGUACAGCGACGACGGCUCCGGCGGCAGGUAGUGCAGCGGUACCGCCUCCGACUUCGACAACGAUUCCCGGCCCUACCACCACCGUGGCGCCCCCAGGGCAAGCCCAAGGCUCCAAAGCCGACGCAUCCCUCGACGCCCUCUCCGCCCUCGGCCUCGCGACCCUCAACGUCUUCAGCACCUUCAUGCUCGGCGCCGGCAUAGCAAUGUCGUAUUUUGAUAUAGCAGACUUGGAAGACAUCAAACAGAAGGUGAACCAGGGAUUGGGGAAUGAGGUGAAUGAGGAUGGGGAUGCAGAGGGGGAUCGGGAGAUCGAGACGUGGAUUGCUGAGGUGCUUGCUAGGAAGGAUGGGAAGGAGGGGGGUGGCAUUGGGGGAUUGAGGGAGGGGGUGCUGGAGAAGAUGGUUGAGAUGGAGGAGGGGAAGAAGAAGGGGCGAUAA